UGUGGGUGCGGAGGGGAAAAAAGAAAUAAAUAAAUAAUACGGGCCGUGUGACAGGUAGCGAAACAGACAGAGGGCUAAAAUGGACACCGUGUUAAUAAAGUGAUUCUUGAUUUUUGGUUCUUUACGCCGUCGGGACACAUCGAGGCUUCUCUCACCGCAACGUUGUCCAGCAUGGCGGCCGACGUCCACAGCAAAGGGGUGACGUGGGACACUCCGAAUGGAAACCUGGCACCGGUCGAGCAUCUUCCCAACAGCAGAUCGGAGAGUCCGACUCCGGGGCUGGUGGAAGGGACCGAGCCGGGCGCAAGUCAGGAGCGCGCCAUGUUCGCCCACACGCAGUCUUUCGAGGACCUGACGGCCGACGUGGAGCUGACGGGAAGCCACCACUCUGAGGUCGAGGAGGUGGAGGAGGAACAGCAGGGAGGACUAGAAGGAGGAGUAGAAGGAGGAGUAGAAGGAGAAGGAGGAGGAGGUGAAGACGCCGCUGUGGUCGAGCCGAAGCCAGAGGUGCAGGCCGUAGUACGGGAGAAGGAGGAAGACGUGACGAGCGAGACGUGGCGUUCACACAAGAAGCACGUGUUUGUCCUCAGCGAAGCGGGGAAGCCCAUUUACACGCGCUACGGCUCUGAGGAGGCGCUCUCCUCCACCAUGGGGGUCAUGAUGGCGCUCGUGUCGUUCGUAGAGGCCGAUAAGAACGUCAUACUCUCCAUUCACGCAGACGGUUUCCGCGUGGUGUUCCUGCGUAAGAGUCCGCUGGUGUUGGUGUGUGUGUCUCGUUCGGGUCAGUCGGACGGUGAGCUGUGGAGAGAGCUGCACUAUGUCUACUAUCAGAUCCUGAGCCUGCUCACUCUGCCUCAGCUGCAGCGCGUCUUCCAGCAGCGUCAGAGCUUCGACCUGCGCCGACUGCUGUCCGGAUCUGAGCGCGUCACCGCGGGGCUGCUGCGCCUGCUGGAGAUGGACGCGGGGCUGAUGCUCAACGCCACCAUGAGCCUGCCGCUCUGCAGCACCACGCGCAACGUCGUCUGCACCAGCCUGCAGGCGGCCAGCUCCAAGAACCUCGUCUUCUCCGUCCUGCUCGCCGGGAGCCGACUCGUCGCUCUGAUCAGGAAGAAGGAGCAGCACCUCCAUCACACCGACCUCCACCUGCUGUCCAACCUCGCCGCCUCGUCCUCGUCCUUCCGACAGGGGGAGGGCUGGACGCCCGUCUGCCUGCCCAAGUUCAACGCCUCCGGGUUCUUCCACGCGCACAUCUCGUACCUGGAGCAGGCGUCCGAUCUCUGUCUGAUCCUGGUCUCCACGGACCGAGAGGACUUCUUUAACCUGUCCGACUGUAAGCAGCGCUUUCUGGACCGGCUGAAGAAGCGUAACGUCUACCAGGCCCUGCAGGAGGCGCUGCACACGCCCACAUACCCCGUCUCGCAGGUGGGCAUCCCAGAGCUCUGGCACUUCGUCUACAAGUCCAAAAGCUCUGGGCUUUACACCAGCCCGGAGCUGCCUGUGCCGUAUCGCACUGAAGAGGAACAGGAGAGGUUGAUGGAGCUGUACCGGUACCUCCACAGUCGCCUGCACCACCCGACACGACCCCUGCGCUCCAUCUACCGCUGCACCAACACCGAGAACCUGCUCGGCUGGUCCACCAGCGGCUUCGAGCUCUACCUCUGCUUCAGUCCUCUGGCCACGAAAGCUCUGGCCAUGUCGGCCGUCACCAAACUGCUGAAGUGGAUCAGGAAGGAGGAGGACCGUCUCUUUAUCCUCAACUCGCUCACGUAUUGAGAUCCGAUUCCUGACCCGGAGGACAGGAUGUCUGACACAUCUAGACCACUGACACUGUGCUGGAGCUGCUGUCGGGAUCGUACGUGGGGGAGGGACGCACAAGAACCAUUUCAAAUCCUUCAGCGGUUCAGAGUGAGCUUCGCUGAGCAGAGUAACGUGAGCCGUACGAGGCUCGGAUUUUUAUCACCAAACCUCAGUAACCGUAUUUAAAGUAAAUAAAUAAAUAAUAAUAAAAACAAAAUAACCCCCCCACAACAACAGGAGGUAGUCUACACAGUACCUCAAAAAACAACAAAAUCCCCGCAAAAAAACCCCCCAAAACACUAACAUGCCAUUCAUUAAAGGAGCUGUGUGUAAUAUUUAGUACUUUGAAACCUCUCAUAAUAUAGGGCUACACUUUAGAUUGAAAGAAAGGAAAGGGUUCCUCAAGGGUUCUUGUUUGGUUACAGGUUCUAGACUUUAAAAAAUAAAGGUGCUUUUUAGAGCAGUGCCAUAGAAGAACCAUUUCGGUUCCCUAGAGAACUUUUCAGCAACACUUUAAGUGACGUUUUCUGGCAGGUUUAUUUUAAGAGUGCAAGUCCUGCCAUUUCUUUAUUCUUCUUGAACCGUAACAAGGUUCCUUCAGGCUCACAAGUUUUUUGUUGUUUUUUUUUGUUUUUUUUUUAAUUGUUUUUGAAAGCUCAAAACUUUGUGGAACUCGUGACUUCUACAGUCUUUUUGCUGCACCGGUGGAUUUCUAUGUGGAAAGAUUUCCGAAUGGGAUCUGCAUAGGAUUCUUCGAUUUGAGAACCCUUAGAUUUUCUAAGAGUGUAUCUUGGCUAAACCAGGAUAUCGAGCCAUGAAGAUACAUUUAGUUCGCAGUGAAUAUGAGCUGUAUGCUAGCGGUAGCACUAGUGUAGCUCGUUAGCUAGUCAAGAGACUAAAGACGUGUGUUUACAGGUUUGUUUUGUCGCAGGUUUAUUUCGCCGAAUUGAUCCUGGCAUUGAAGGGGAAAAGCGUCCGAGCGCAGAAUGACGUCAAGCUAGGGCGGGGCGAUAUGACAAAAAUAUCAUAUCACGAUACUUGAGGAUGUUUCUACGAUACACGACGUGUAUCACGAUAUAUGAUUUAGCUAACAAACUGACUGCAAAACAGCAGUAAAUUUCACUAAAGCUUAGUUUGCCGAUACUUUUCUUUAACGCCUUGGAAGACAAAAAAAACAAAACAAAAAAAAAGCAUCACCAUACCAAUGAUAUCUCAGAAAAGUGUAUCACGUAAUUGUUUAUCAUUAUAUCAAUAUUAUUGAUAUAUCGCCCAAUCUGCACUGCACUAUCAAUUUGCACUGAAACUAAGGCUAAUCUAGCUAACGAAUCAUAUGGUGUUUUUAAAAAAAAAAAAUUGUAAUUAUUUUUUUUUUAUAAACCUUUUAUCCACUUCAAACCACAUCCAGUUCUUUAUUAAUGUACUGAUGUGCUUUAGGAACACACACACACACACACACACACACACACACAAAACCCUAUUCUCCUCUCCCUAGGCUCCGCCUCUAAAAUGCUAAAACGGUUCAAUUUUAUAAUUCGAAGUUGUAAUUUGUAAACACGUGCUUUUGUUUAUUUAAAAAAAGCAUUAUGUAGCUUGAGCUUAGUUUAAAGCGAAUCUAAUCUAGAUGUGUAGUCGUGGCUGACUGACUGUAUUUCAGGGAAGUGGGGAAAUUGUUGUUAUAAAUCUGACUUUUCAUUAAGCUGCUCCUUUAACUGCCUCGGGCUCUUAUCAAACUAAACCCAAUAUCUCACCUUUUGCCUUUUUUUUUCCUUUUCUUUUCUUUAAUAUGAAAGACCCGUCACUGUUCUGACCUACACUGACAUGUUGAGACGAUGUUUCAGAGAGAUCUCUCCUUUUCACUCAGCAAAUCGAUGUAAUAGAUGAAAAAGACUUCUUCAUAUCGCAGUUUUCUAAAAUGAUUCUUGUUUGAUGACGUGAACGACCAUGCCACGUUUAAGGCUUGCUCGGAGAGCUCAUUUACAUACUGCAUAUUAAUGCACAGUGCAGCGCUGCUUUGAACGAUGAUCUGUCACUGACGACGUUUACAUGGACAGCAGUAAUCUAAUUACUGACGCUACUCUGAGUAAGAUAAUAUUGUGAUUAAGGUGUUUACAUGAGUCGCUUUUAGAAUACUCCUGUCAUGUUCCCGUUUUACAUCUUAUAGAACAUAAUUAGAUUAACAGCACACGUCAUUACGUCCCUCCAGAAUCUCACGUAUCUACAUACAGUUGGUCCUCGUUAUGGGACCGUAUACAGUUUUGGGUGUUUUUAAAAAAAAAUAAAAUAAAUAAAAUUUUACGAACGCUUUAAGUGCAGUUAAUUAUUAGUCAUGCUGUACGUGCUAAUAGACGACUGCAUGAAGCCGUGGGCUGCGUCUCAAACCGCGUACUUAUCAUCUAUAUAGUAGCCCAGAUACAUGUAUUUUUCCCCACUACAGGCCUAUAGUAGGCAAGUACGCGGUUUGGGACGCAGCCGUACUCUCUUGUUCGCCGUAAAAUGUUGAGCACUGCCGUGUGUGAUCGUGUCCUGCCAGAAAAUGCAGUGAAAACUCUCACACGACGUUAAUAAUGUGAUUAAGGUGUUUACAUGUCUGUAAUACACGUCGAUAAUGCGACUAAAGCAGGAAUACUCCACACGUCUUAAUUCCAUUUGUGUUUAAUUCAAGUAUGACUUUAAUCAGAUUAAGGUCAUUAAAAAUUGCUGUUUACAUGCUAGUUUCUUAAUCAAAGUAUGGUCUUAAUCGGGUUAAGAGUGGAUUAUUGUUGUCCAUGUAAACACACUGACUGUUAACCUAAGUAAAGUUGCUGUAAGCGUGCGUUAAAAUAUUUGAGUUGCUCGUAUUAAAGGUGCGUGUCGUAAUGUUGAAACGUGUUCCUAGACCUCUAAUACACUCACGCUUAUAAAGAUACUUCGGAAAAUCUGUCGUUUACGAUAUUGUCCUGCAACUGAACUGGCUAGUUUCUUUGUUUCAGGGUUGAGUUUAUGUUUUUACUUUUUUUAAAAAAAAAUUUCUGGGCUGGAAAUUAACUCCGCCCCUCCUCAGCCAGAACAAGGGGCUCAGGCUCUUUAAAAAAAAAAAAAAACAACCUUCCUGCCCCUUUAAAUGAACAUUCCCUCACAAACUUGUAAUAUUAGGAUCCUUUGAUUAUGGUUUAAUGACCAGCAAACACUGACGAGCGCUAAUCUGUAUGCUAGCAUGAAAAUGUUAGGUGAUAUGAUGUUUUUUUUUUUAUGUUAAUGUUAUUCAGUUUAAUUUCCCGGACAUGAUUAAAAUCUUAAAAUAACUUGCUGUCAGCGGAAUUCCGGACCUUAACCGAUAUUUUGACGGGUGAAUAUCCGAUGUCGAUACACGUGCGAUUAUAAAAAUACGAUUCGAACCAGCCGGAUUAGCAUAAGCUGUGUAACGUAAUUAACGCAGUCAUUUAAAGAUUUUAAGCGAUUUUAAAGAAUCCGAGCGCAUAAAAAAAGGGCGUCCUUUAAUGGACUAGCUAAGACCUUAACGCUAAACCGUCCUUAGAUAACAUUCCUGUUAAUAUUUAUUUUAUUCGUCCUUAAUUUAAACGAAACGUGAUUAGAAGCCUGCAGAGAUUUAAAAAAAAAAUAAAAAAUUAGGUUGAAGUAGAGUUGCGUAAACGUUCUGCAAUAAACCUGCUUAAAAUUCGGUUUGAGCAAAUCUAUGCACCAUUUCGAUGAUGAUGAUGAUGAUGAUUUUUUAUUUUCGUGUGUUUGUCUGCCAAUAACGAUAAAACGUUAACAGGUGGUGUUGGCAUUUAUUUGCAGUCGAGCUUCCGUAAAAUAAGUUUAUUUCCUCGUGUACCCGAUCACAGCAAGCAUUAAGUCAUCCGCUACCGUCUACGAUAUAUCAGUAUUGCGAUAACGGCUAGCAGUCGAUGUAUUGCGCGUACUCAGGUAGCCGUCAUGCAUUUCAUCUUAUUACAGGAAGUGACCUCCAGUCUCUGUAUCAUGCACACACACACACACGUGCACACACAUGGGUUAAACUGGGAGUGCUGACCAAGAGACUUACAAAUGUGUUGCAUUUUUCUGUUAUUUCCUGUCUGCUGUGUUUAAUACGACGUGCAGAGCAUUCCUUCAUGAGAUUUCCUCGUGCAGUAGACAGCAGAAGUUUUGUCGUGUAGCGGUGCAAUACGACGCUUUAAACCCGUACAGCUAGGUGGAACUCGGACUUUGCAGCUCUGUAAUGUUGUCAUGUGUAUAAAUUAACCAAAUCAAUAAAGUCUUAUUUAAAUAUA